UGUUAAAAUAUUUAUAUUAACUAUACUAUUACAAUUCAAUACUUAUUCACUAAUACCUACACAGUUGUUCUGUUGGGGCACUAAUCACGAUCAUCUACACAUGAAGUUUUUUGACUGCGUGAAAGAUAACAUUUACAGCAAAAGUUUUGUUGAAGAAAUCAAAGUUUGAUUUAUAUGACUGCUGCGGCAAACACAGAUUGAGAACAAAUGGAUAUGAUUUUCGAUUUUGUUGUUUUAAUUUGUGUUCUUGGACGAAUUUCUGGGGAACUAACUACACAGCUUCCCGACAGACGUAAGCUCUGCACAGAUGAAAUAAGCCAAUGUAUUCUUCCAGGAUCAACAGAUAUCUGUUCUGGUAGAGGAGACUGUGUAUGUGGUAAUUGCCAUUGUAAUUCAAGAAGAGGAGAUUCACCACUGACAUACACAGGAAAAUGGUGUGAAUGUGAUCCAUCGAGUUGUCCGUCAUAUAAUGGGGUUGUUUGUGGCGGCAGUGAGCAUGGCGUCUGUGAUUGUGGAUUCUGUAAAUGUUAUAAAAACUUCGAUGGCAAAAACUGUGGAUGUUCAACAAGAAAAGAUAUGUGUACAGCAAAUGAUGGAACUACUUGUGGAGGACACGGGGAAUGUAUGUGUAACAAGUGUAAAUGUGACAAAGAAUACACAGGAGAGAAAUGUACAGAAUGCAAGAAUUGUAAUACGUGUGAUGCCAACAAAGAAUGUGUUAAAUGUAUGAUGACGAGGUCUGACAGCUCCAAAAGCGAUAAAAGUUGCCAAGAACAAUGUAGUCAGAUUAAUGUCAACCUUGUAUACGACGUAGAAAAGACAGAUUCACAAAAUAAUGAUUCUGAAAUAUUUUGUGAAUAUGAAGGAAUAACCUACAUUGUACAAACAGACAAAAACAAAGGAAUACAGAUCAAAGCUUCGAGAAUUGAAGAAAAUCCUAAAAACAGUGGAGUUAUGUAUUCCUCGAUGGUUUUUGUACCACUGCUUGCUGUAUUGACAUGGGUGUUUCAAUGAUGUGUAGUUUGUGAAGAGACUUAUGAUACAUAAUGCUGAACUUGUACCAAUAUAAAUGAUUGUGUCAAUUUAUUUUUCUUAUUAAAUAUUUAAAAUUA